AUGAGGCGAGGCAUCUCCAGGAGGGCCAUCUCGGCUCUCUCCGUCGAUCUUCCUCUCUCUCCAUGCCCAUCAUCUCAUCCCCCACCAAAUCCCACCAUCACCACCUACCCCUUUCUCUCCCUCCUCGAGAAAUCCUCCACAGUAAAAGAAGUGAAGCAACUGCACGCCCAUGCUAUCGUCUUGGGCCUCGUCCGCUAUACCUAUGUCACCAGCCGAAUCCUCGCCAUCUACGCCCUCCACGCCAACCCCGACAUCCACUCUGCCCUCCUGGUCUUCCACCGGAUCCCCGAGCCCACCAUCUUCAACUGGAACACCGUGAUCAAGGGUUACUGCAGAACCCCCUACCCCGAGAAGGGUCUCCUUUUCUACUCCCACAUGAGACGCCGAGGGCUCCCUCCCAACAUGCAUACCUUCCCCUUUGCCAUCAAGGCUUGCCCUCGCCUCUCGUCUCUGUCCCAAAUCCACGGGCAGAUUGUCAAAUUCGGGUUCGACCUCGACGUCUUUGUGACGAGCUCUCUAAUCAGAUGUUACUCGCAUCUGGGUGGCCUGGACUUCGCUUCUCAGGUGUUCGACGAAAGCUCUAACAGAAACAUCGUGUGCUGGACCAGUCUUAUUAGCGCGCAUUGUGCUCAUGGUCUGGUGGAUAGAGCGAGGGAAUUCUUUGAUCGGAUGGCCGAAAGGAAUGAUGUUUCCUGGAGUGCAAUGAUAACGGGUUAUGUGCAGAAUGAACGUCCGGAAGAGGCGAUUGAAUUGUUUCGCGAAUUGAAGGGUGGUGGGAGCGUAAAGCUCAACGACUCUUUGCUCGUCAGUGUUCUGAAUGCGUGUGCUGGUUUGGGCGCUUUGGAGGAGGGUAGAUGGAUCCAUGAUUACAUUGAUAGGAGAGAGACACAGUAUGGACUCGAGCUAGGGACUGCCCUCUUAGAUUUCUAUUCAAAAUGUGGCUUUAUAGAGAGUGCGAGGGAGGUGUUCUGCAAGAUGGGUCGCAAAGAUGUGACGGCUUGGAGUGCAAUGGUCAUGGGUCUGGCUCUCAAUGGGCUGAGCCAUUCAGCCAUCGAGACUUUCUCAGAGAUGUUGAGGUGUAAGGUUGUGCCAAAUGCCAUCACCUUUGUUGGGGUGCUGACUGCUUGCAAUCAUGGCGGUUUGGUAGAUGAAGGAUGGGCUUAUUUUGAGGACAUGAGCAGGGUUUAUGGUGUGUCUCCCACGAUCGAGCAUUACGGAUGUGUCGUCGAUCUCUUAAGCCGUGCCGGGAGGACUGCUGUGGCCGAAAGCUUGAUCCAGUGCAUGCCAAUGGAGCCCGACGGGGUCAUAUGGGGGGCUCUGCUCAACGGUUGUCUGAUGCAUGGACAUGCUGAGCUAGGGGGGAGAGUCGGUAGGCAUGUGAUCGAGUUGGAGCCACACCAUUGUGGGAGGUAUGUGGGUCUCGCCAAUGUAUAUGCUUCAAUGGGAAGGUGGGAGGGUGUUGUGAAGGUAAGACGGGCGAUGAGGGAUAGGGGAGUGAAAACUACUCCGGGUUGGAGUCUGAUUGAGAUAAAUGGAGUUGGCCAUAGGUUUAUAGCUGAUGACAAUGGCCAUCCCCAACAAGAAGAGGUAUACGGGAUGUUGGGUGAUGUCAUUAUGGAAUUGAUAUCACCAGGCAAUGGGGCUAUCAUAAUUGACGUAUAA